UUAGUAAGGUGCCCUGCAGCUGCCGUGCCUUUCUUCAAUUUCACGUUCAGACAAGCAGACACAUCUUCUCAAUACACCAAGACAAGUGAAAACAUCAUUGACCGCCCGCACUGAAGAGAACAUUGCGCUUGAUCGGGACCUCUCUUUCCAGCCUCGUACCACGCCCUCAAAGUCCCCAGUCGCCUGUCCCCGCCCACUAUAUCUCCCCGACAUUACACCAUCAGAUCCAGCAAACAUCGCUACGCGCGGUCGACAGCAGGAUGGCGCAAGCACGCGAGAAGGGGGGAAGAGUGGUCUUCAUCGGAAACAUCCCAUAUGGCGUUAGCGAAGAACAGAUCUGCGAAAUCUUUGGCCGCGCCGGCACCGUAAUCAACUUCCGCCUGGUAUACGACAAGGAGACUGGCAAGCCGAAGGGCUUUGGCUUUCUGGAAUAUCCGGAUGUGGAUCAGGCGGCGGCGGCGGUGCGCAACUUGAACAACUUCGAGAUCAUGGGCCGGAAUUUGAAGGUGGACUACAGCAAUGAUAACAGCGGGGGCAAGGGAGGGCAGAACGAUCAACAUGGCAGCAACCGUGCACCACCGCCGGCACACUUCGACAUGGGACAGCCGCUACCGAUGAUGCCCAACGGAGGAGCGCAGGAUCUCCCUCCGUUACCGCAAGGUGUCGACCCUCCGCUCGGCUUGACCGCGCCAGAUGCGAUCAGCAAGACGCUGUCAGCCAUCCCACCCCCGCAACUACUGGACAUUAUAUCUCAAAUGAAGACCCUCGUUGCCACCGAACCGCAAAAGGCCACGGCCAUUCUGCAGCAGGCGCCACAGCUGGGCUUCGCCAUCUUCCAGGCUUUGAUGCUGCUGGGAUUGGUAGACGCGAACAUUGUGGGCUCCCUCCUCCAGCAACAACCACAGCAGCCCCCACAACCACAACACGCGCCGCAAUAUGCACAAGCACCCGCCUACGGCCAAGCCCCUCCUCCAAAUCCAUACGGCGCUCCAGUCCCACCGUACCAAGCAAUGCAGCACCCAGGAUACGCGCCUACGCCUCCCCAGCAACCCGUCUAUCAACCUCCUCCACAACAGCAGCAGGCGUACCAAGCCCCACCACAGCAGGAUCAGUCGCAACAGCAGCAGCUGAUCCAGCAGGUUCUCAGCAUGACUCGCGACCAGAUCUAUUCACUCGAUGAGCAAUCGCGGAACCAGCUUAUUGCUUUGAGAGCGCAGCUUGGUGCGCCAGUGUCAUGAUUAGCUGAUUACUGCGGGUGGUACUUGGGUGUAUUGAAUGCUUUGUUGUUUUUAGCGCGGCGUCCGGAGCAAGAAUCAGUGUCAAGAGUGAAGGGGUGUGUUACAACUGUGUAUCUAAGUAUCUGAUCAAACACCCGGUUCCGAUGAAUAUCUACUGUCCAC